UUCUCCUGCGUGUUAGUAGUGCGAUGAUGAUAACGAGGAACCUGGAACAUAUCUCACGAAUUCUGAUCUGUGGCGAAGAACCGCAACUACAACUUGAUAUCAACGCUAGUGCUAUGAUGAUAUGCGUUAUUCCGAAUAUCGCAAGUAUGCACAAGAGCCUUAUUGCUCAUCCUCCUGUACCUUGAAUGAUGCCAGGAGCGAUCCAUUGCUUAUAAAAAGCC